AUGCCCCGUGUGAAGGACGCCAAAGCUUCAAAACCCAACAAAGAUGCCGGCAUCGUCGUCACAAGCCAACAGAGUCGCUUUCAUACCGAGAGCAUCGACGCACCGACACUCAAGGACAUCGACAUCAAAGACCUCACCAUCUCUGUUGGAGGCUUGGAGCUUCUAGAUCAUGCUAAUCUGCGCUUCCAAGAAGGCAAACACUACGUCUUCCAUGGUCGAAAUGGGACAGGAAAGUCGACUGUUCUCAGAGCACUGGCAGAGCGACGUGUGCCCGGCGUGCCAUCCAAUCUGCGACUCCUGCUUCUAGGACAAACAAGAGUAAGUUCGGACGUAGUUGAACAAGACCAUUCAGCAAAGGAUACCCAAACUGUUCUUGAGUAUGUGACGCGUAGCGACGUCAAGCGAGAACGAGCACUACGCAAGUUGGCUCAGCUGUCCAAAGCUAUCGAGGACAAUGCGGACGCGGAGCAGACCAGCAUCAUUGUCCGCAAGCUUCAGCUUGAGCAUGCUGAGGACGAGAUGAAAGAAGCUGACUUGACCGCUGCAAGAAGAAGUGGUGCGAGAGGUGCAAGGGCUCGUCAAGUCCUGAUCGAGAAGGAAGACAAUGUCGCACAGGCUAAAGACCGGCUAUCGACAGCGAUUACGGCGGAGGAGAUGGAGGUGGAUCAGAGAGCCGGCAUGGGCAUGCUCGAAACUCUGCGGCAGUCGCUCGAAGCCAUGGACUCUGGCAGUACGGAAGCUCGUGCCCGAAGCGUCCUACUCGGCCUCGGCUUCGGCGAAAAGCAGAUUGAGAGUCCCGCGACGCAGCUUUCCGGCGGCUGGCAAAGCCGAUGUGAUCUCGCAUGCGCAUUGAUUCAGCAGACCGACAUACUCAUGCUCGACGAGCCAACAAACUUCCUCGACCUCCCCGCCAUCAUCUGGCUACAGCGAUACAUUACAACCAAGCUCAUUGGCAAGACUGUGGUUGUGGUCACCCACGAUCGAGACUUCGCAGAUGCCGUGGCAGAAGAGCUUGUACUUCUUCGCCUCAAACCGGCCAAAACCAUCGAGACCUUCAAAGGAAACCUGGCAGAUGAGGCUGCGGAUCGCAAGACGAAGCACCUGGAGGACUCUAUAGCGUCUAACCUCAAGGCUGCUAAGCGCACAGGCGACGACAAGAAGCUCAAGCAGGCUGCGGCUCGAAAAAAGAAGCUUGAGGAGCGCUCUGGGUUGGAAGUCGGACUGAAAGGAGGACGAUUCAAGCUCAACCGAGAUCUUGGUGGUUUCCAUCUGACGAAUCGUGCCGAGAUUGAGAUACCUGGCUUUGAUCCGCCUGUUGGCCUCAGUCUUCCCAGCCAAUUGUCUGAUCUGCGCACUCCCGGCUCCCUAGUCUCCUUCGAAAAAGUCAGCUUCACGUAUCCCAAGUCCGGCGUCUACACUCUGAAAGACGUCGACCUGAUCAUCCAUCCCUCGGACCGAAUCGGCCUCGCUGGCUGA